CAUAAUUGGGGAAACAUAACCGAGAUUGCGUUGUGUGCGCAGGAACGUUUGUGCAGAAAUGGCUGCAGCUGAAGAAGUCACCAUGACAGGCGCACCAAUGAAGACAACGAACUGGACAUAUUAUGAUGAUAAUUAUAAUUAUGAUAUCUAUGAGGAAGACUACCAAGAUGAAAUAUGUAAUGCAAGCACCCUGUUGCACUUCAGCAAGAUCUCCAGUCCUCUCUUUUACUCCGUGGUUGCUGUGCUCAGUCUGCUGGGCAACAUCCUGGUCGUGGUAAUUGUACUCAAGUAUGAGAAAGUCAAAAACCUCACCAAUGCCCUCAUCCUCAAUCUGGCAGUGUCAGACCUCCUAUUUGCAACGGCGCUGCCAUUCUGGGCCUACUAUCAUGUUUGGGGCUGGGCUUUUGGGGAGCGUGCGUGCAAGUUGGUGAGCUUCGUAUUCAACGUGGGAUUCUACAGCAGCGGUCUGCUCCUCAUCGCCAUGACGGCCCAACGCCACGCCGCUGUGCUCAACCCCUUGUCUGGCCUCGUGUUGGCAGCAGGUGUCUACAGCGUGUUGGCGUCCAUCCUCAUCUGGACCACAAGCGUCCUGGUGGCCGUCCCGGCCUUAGUCCUCACUGCGGUCGUGGAGCAGAGUGGCAAGAGUCACUGCGAAUAUGACGAUUCCGCCAGCAGCUUGUGGGGAAUCUAUCAGCAGAAUGUCCUUUUUGUCCUCAUCUCAGGCGUGUUUCUCUUUUGCUACUCUCAGAUCCUAUGCAGGCUACUUCGUCCUUCAGCGAGGAGACGCAAGAACAGAACUUUGAAAUUAAUUUUCACUCUCAUGCUGCUCUUUUUCGUGGGCUGGGCUCCGUAUAAUGUUGCACUCUUUCUUAAAUCUUUACGCUUCUGGUCCCAAACGCCCAUGCACUCUGUGACCCUGGCCAGGCAGUGUGCCAGCCACAACCUUCUGGACUUUACCUUUCACAUCAGCAGGCUUUUGGCCUUCUCGCACUGCUGCCUCAACCCCGUCUUCUAUGUCUUAGUGGGCUCCAAAUUCAAACGCCACUUGAAGAAGAUGAUGGGGUGCUGGCGUGACAGCGACGGCCGCGGCGCAUACGGGCAACGUGGCCGACUGGUGAUCACAUCACUGUCUAGCGGGGAUGACCUCUGCGUGUAACUCAGCAAUCUUUUCUACAUGCUGGACUGCUAAUAAAUAUCAGGUUAUUGCAAGACCUACAAAAGCAAAGACACAAUGACAAAAAAAAUAUAUAUUCUUCACAAGUCUAAAUGUUGCUUUUUACUUAGAUUUGCGCCUGCUUGUUUUAUGGAUGUGUUGAGCACGGCUGUGGCUAUGCAUGCAUUUUAUUUCAUGAGCAGUAUGAUAAGCAAUGUCUUCUCAGCCAUAUUGUUUGCUUGGUAUGGUGUGAGAAUUAUGAAAUUCAAUGAAAUUGGCUGUUAGAAUCAGACAUUAUUUGCUAAAGACAGAUUGUUACAAAAAAUUGUAUGUACAGUGUGUCCCAUAAGUCUCCAUCCAUGGGAGAAAUAAAACAUUCCAUAUGGUUCUAACAUUUAUUUAUUUCUAUUUCAGAUAACCCAGAGAAUGUGUUUGAAAAAAGAGCAUGGCACUGCCACUGCACUGCACUGAUUAAAAUGUGAUAUGUGUAUUUUCAGUAUUUCAAUGCGUAUUAGUGCAUUUCACCAAACCCUUUAUUUUAAUCGAGAUCCGUGCAUACAAUACAAAUGUGUUUUGUGCAAAAAUGUAAUAAUUUUAAAGUCAUCACUAA